AUGGAGAAGAGAUGGAUUAAGCAAUCCAGUAUUUCUCUAUGUGAAAAAAACAAUAAUAACCAACAACUAAUAAACUUAAAAUUAGUCGAAGAGACAACAAAUGUGGAAUAUAAUCUAAAAGUAAAUAAAGAUGUGUAUAAUCGUGCUCAUAAUGACAUGAUUUUUGCUACUACAUUAUUAGAAAAAGCUAAAUCGUUGCAAAAUCCUAAAGAUAUUUUUGUUCAACAUAAUUCUGCUUCAAAUGAUAUAAAUGUGACGGCAAAUGAUAAUAGUAAACCUAGUUGUUCAAACAUAACAACUGCAGUUUCUAAUACGAUUGACGAAAAUAUAUUUGAUGAUAAUAUUCCUUCUGAAACUGAACAAAUUUCAGACACGUCAGAUACAGAAAUAAUUAAAGAAAAGUGGGAGCGCAUGGCUAUUCUGCUUCUGAUAUCUAUAUACAAAGAAAAAUCACACAUGCUGGGAAAAACUAGUCAAUGUAAUAAUAAAAUGGAUGCUUUAAAGAGACGAUAUCGUCAAACUGUUGAUUAUAAUGCGCAAAAUGGAAGCAAUAGGAAA